AUGCAGGAAUUUCGCUUGACAGCGGCCUUGGUCGCCUGUCUUACCUUGCUCCCAGCUUUUACCUCUGCGUUCUGGCGUCUUCCCUGCCGCGGUCGAACUGGUGUCGCCCGGCUGGACCCUAUCGUUGAUCCCGGCGAGAUCUCUUCUCAUGUGCAUGCCGUUCAUGGCGGAGGAAACUUCGGCAUGAAUUCGAACAUGCAGACGCUGCGCGAGUCCAGCUGCACGUCCUGCGCUGUGACGCAGGACAUGUCUGCAUACUGGACCCCCGCGCUUUAUUUUAUGCACACGAACGGCAGUGCUGAACUGGUCGAGGAAGUUGGAGGCAUGCUUGCCUACUACCUCCUGUACGGAGAGGAUGUUACCGCGUUCCCCAACGGCUUCCGUAUGCUCGCCGGCGACCCCUUACAGCGAAACUUCACCUGGCCAGUUCCCGAUCCUCCCAAGUCCUCGUGGUCCGGCGCUCAGGUCUCCCAGAAGGCACUUCGCCAGAAGGCCUUGGGCUUCAACUGUCUCGACUACGCCGGUACCGCCGAAGCCUCGCUCUAUCGCCACUUCAUGCCGAACAAGACUUUCCUCGACGCGAACUGCCCGGAUGGCCUCCGUCUGGAACUGAUGUUCCCUUCGUGCUGGAAUGGAAAGGAUGUCGAUUCGGAUGAUCACAAGUCUCACGUUGCCUACCCCGACCUCGUUAUCACGGGUACCUGCCCCGAGGGAUAUGAGACGCGCCUGGUUUCGCUAUUCUAUGAGACAAUUUGGAACACUUAUGCCUUCAAGGAUGUUGAUGGGUACUUCGCUCUGGCUAAUGGAGAUCCCACUGGAUAUGGAUACCACGGUGACUUUAUGCACGGCUGGGAAGAUGGCGUGCUGCAACAGGCUAUUGACACUUGCACAAGUGAUUCGGGUGAGGUGAGCGCUUGCAGUGUCUUCGAUCUUCAAAGUGAGACCAAGCAGCGUGAGUGCACGUUCGACAUGCCUUCCACGCUUGCAAACGAAGACGUCCAAAUGCAUGCGGAUGGUCUGCCUGGUCCCAUGGGAAUCCAGUGGGGUCCAGCCUAUGCCAGUAUGUCCAUGGGCUCUUCCUCUUCUUCCACUUCAGCCAUCAGUAGCGUGCCAACUACCUCCGUCGACUCCGUCUCUAUCGGUGUUUCUAUUGAAAUUGGAAACGUGCUCAACCAUGCUGAAGCUACCACCACUACUUCAACCACCUCUACGUCAUCGCCUACACCCACUCCUACCACCUCGAUUCAUGUCGAUCAAUACACCGAGGAAAUCGUCUACCUGCAGCAGGAUGUCAUUGUCAUGGUUGGCGAGGGCGGCAUCCCAUACGCCACCAGCACUGGCACCCAACGCACCGUAUCCACCGCAAUCACAACCGCCACCCAGACUUCCACCGUUGUAUCCUAUGUUGAGAAGCGAGACAGCGCUCCCGCUGAACCUGAGCAACGGGAUCCCAGUGCCGAAAAGGCCCUCCGACAGGCUCAUAACCGUCAUCGCCACUCGCACAAGAGACAUGGUCACUAA